AUGUCUACUAACCCGAGUGUGGAUUUACUUUCGCCAGUAAGUAUGAGACGUUCAUCAAGCGAUGUACUUUUAAAACAUGUAACAUUAUUAAAUGCCCAAACUCAAAAAACAUUAUCGAAACUAACAAUUCCAAAAGUACUCGUUCUUUACACAGGUGGUACAAUUGGUAUGAAAGUAUUACGUAAUGCCUAUGAACCCGUAACAGACUAUUUACCUGAUGCAUUACGUGAUAUGAAUAUUAUGCAUAAUGUUCAAUUUGCGGAAACAAUGAAUGUCAUUGAUCCAGACAAAUCUUUUCUUUAUUUACCACUUGCAAAUGAAGAAUGCAUUGCAUAUUAUAUAAAAGAAUAUGUUCCAUUACUUGACUCAACAAAUAUGACAUAUGAUAAUUAUAUACAUAUUGCUCUUGACAUUAAAGAAGUUUAUAAUUUAUUUGAUGGAUUUGUCAUUCUUCAUGGUACUGAUACAAUGAGUUAUACAGCGGCAGCUCUUUCAUUUAUGUUUGAAAAUCUAUCAAAACCGGUGGUACUUACAGGAUCACAAAUUCCUAUCUUCGAAACACGAAGUGAUGGUCGAGAUAAUCUUAUUGGAAGUUUAUUAUUAGCUGGACAAUAUCGUAUACCGGAAGUUACGAUUUAUUUUCGAAAUCGACUCUAUCGAGGUAAUCGUGUAACGAAAACUGAUUGCGAAGGUUUAAAUGCAUUUGAAUCAUAUAAUUGUCCAACAUUAGCAGAAUUUCGAACUAAAAUUCAAGUUAAAUGGGAUAUAGUAUUUGAUCGUUCAUCUGAUGGUCCAUUUAAUGUUCAUACAAAUUUAAAUCGAAAUGUUUCACUUCUUCGUCUUUUUCCUGGUAUAACAUAUUUAACAAUGCGUCAAUUUCUUGAACCACCUAUUCAAGCUGUUGUUUUACAAACAUAUGGAGCAGGAAAUUUACCAUCAAAUCGACCGGAUCUAAUUGAAGAAUUACGAAAAGCAGCUGAACGAGAUGUUCUUAUUGUUAAUUGCACACAAUGUGCGAAAGGAAGUGUUUAUUAUGCAUAUGAAAGUGCAACAGCGUUACAAAAAAUGGGGGUUUGUUCAGGAUCCGAUAUGACAAUUGAAGCCGCUUUAAUGAAAUUAUCCUAUGUUCUUGGUAAAUAUUCAUCUGAUAUGAAAUUAAUGAAAGUAAAAAUGGCUGAGAGUUUACGUGGUGAAAUGUCUGCAAGUUUAAAUAAAGUUGUAUGUCCAACAAUUAAUCUAACUUGGAUAUUAAAUACACCCAUAGAUCAAUCAGAUGAGGAAUCAUUACAAUUUCGUCAAUCUUUAUUACCUUGGUUAGUUGCAACAUGUGCUCAAGCAGAUGAUAUAGCUACUCUACAGAAAAUACGACAAGCACAAGCUAAUAUUAAUUUUAAUGUCUUAUUACCAAGUGGUUCAAUGCCACUUCAUGUUUGCGCUAAACAUAGUGCCUUAAAUUGUGCGGAAUUAUUACUUCGUUUAUCUGCCGAUGAUCAACCUAUUGUUAAUGAACCUGAUCAAGUUGGUUUUACAGCACUUUUUUAUGCAAUCCUUCAAGAGAAUGAAGAUAUGAUUGAUUUAUUAGUUGGAUAUGGAGCGAAAUUAACAUCUACAUUAAAACCAAGUGAAAUUGGAAUGUAUUUAUGUAAUUGUGUUAAAAAUAAUCAGUUUAAUCGAUUAAAAGCCUGGCAUAGAGCAGGUGCGGAUCUUGAUCAAGCUGAUUAUGAUGGUCGAACACCACUCUUAUUAGCAGUCAGUUAUAAUUCUCUUGAAUGUGUUCGUUAUUUACUUGAGAAUGGUAAAAUUGAUAUAUCAUGGUCUGAUAGUCGUGGCAUGACACCGAUGCAAAUUGCUAAACAGCGAGGUUUUGAUAGUAUUGUACAAUUACUUUCAGCCUAUGCAAAUGAGCAAUCAAAAUAA